GGUCCAGGUUUGAACUUGACGGUGAUGGAAUCGUCGUUUAAACGCCUGAGAGAUUCACUGACGUUUCACUUAUCAAGUCAUUUUAAAGUCAACACCUGUUAACAAGGAAAAGAAGUGUUGGCUACUGCAGACAUGUCCAGUCGGAGAGAGGUGCCCUCUGAUGAUUCCCCAGCUGACCUUCCCAGUCUGGAAAAACUCGACUCUCCUGCAGGGAGUCCACCCACAUCCUCAUUAUCUUGUCUGAUGGAGCUGGAAAACUGUGUUUCCAACCUGAGCCUCGCUCAUGAGAUUGUGGUGAAUGGAGACUUCUGCAUCAAACCAAGGAGCCCUCCCACUGACAGCUUGGAGGGCAGAGUGACAGACGUCGUUCACCGGGCAUUUUGGGACAGCCUUCAGGAACAACUGAGCAGCGAUCCUCCAAACUACAGCCAAGCAGUUAUCCUCCUGCAGGAGGUCAAAACUAUGCUUCAGUCGCUGCUUUUGCCCGGUCAUGUCCGGUUGAGGUCCCAGCUGGACGAAGUGCUGGACAUGGAUUUGAUCCAGCAGCAGGUUCAACAUGGAGCUCUGGAUCUCCACAGGCUGGCUGGAUUUGUCAUCAACACCAUGGCCUCUUUAUGUGCUCCAGUACGUGACCCCGAGGUCAUGGCACUGCGAGACCUCAAGGAGCCCGUCGAGCUUCUUCGGGGCAUCUUCCGCGUUUUGGGGCUGAUGAAGACCGACAUGGUUAACUUCACCAUCCAGAGCCUGAGGCCUCAUCUCCUGCAGCAGGCGGUGCAGUAUGAGAGAGCCAAAUUUCAGCAGAUCUUAGACAAGCACCCAGCUUCUCUUGACAACACAGCUGCUUGGCUUCAGGCGGCAGCAUCCGAGGAGGCAGCGACGCUCCAAGAUCAGUGCAACUCUCCUGGUUCUGACAGGCCUGCUCUUCCUAGUGCCACGGCUAUUCUAAACCGCGCCUACAUGCGUCUCCUCCACUGGGACCCACAAGACCAGAAAUAUCCAGAGAGCAUGCUAAUGGACCGAUCCCGCCUGGACGCUUUGAGCCAGCGGCUCCAGAUGUUGGUCCUGGAGGCUUCAGUGUUGCUCCUGACUGGCACUCAGUGUCGGGGUGUAAUUUUCUCCCUACAAGGGUUUGUAGGUAAACUCAGGCAAACUAUCACUGCCCUGCUGGAAGGCAGUCACACCAGGGAAGUCGACCUCAAGAGGGCCCUAUUGGAGCUUGGAGAGGCGGUGCUGCAGCAGGUGAAAGAAGCUCAGAGCACCCAGGGAGGAGGGGGGAUGCCUCAGGAGAGCCAGGAUCUGCUGAGAGGACAAAUAUCUGACCUGUGGAAGAAUAACAACCCGGUUCGCACACUUAUAGGAGAGAGAGUUCAGGGCUCCCUCCUGGCCAUGCUGCAAGGCGGCUCGGGUAAAAGGCGUCCAGAGCUGCAUUUCCCCCUCGGGCUGUUGAGUCCUGAGCUAGCAGAGUUGGGGACGGCCUUUGGGCAAAUUGUUCACUUCAACCGAACAGUCUUUGGUCCGUUCUACGCACCCAUCCUUAGGAAGCUGCUGCUACCAUCAGGAGAGAGUGAAACUGGGGAAGACUCACGCUGACAAAGGACUGAACCGGAAAACACAGAAUGUCAUGAUCAUAAGCUGGGAUGUUUUUAUCCAAAUUUUGGAUUGUAAAUAUGGUGUUUGAGCUAAAAAUCUGUGGUCAGAACAUGAAACUAUGCAGUUUAAGUCUCUGUUGUUUAUUCACAUGUACAGUUUGAAGAAACAAAAUAUUUUCUCAAAGGUCAGGAGGACUAAAGUAGAAGUAAAAGCAUAAGGCAGAAACUGAAUUCCAACAAAUCUGUUUUUACAAAACAUUAAGGAAGGAUAUGUAGCAAAAAUAAAUAGCAACAGACCAAAAGGUUAAAACAUAAGCACUGAAAUGUAUGCUGAAAUAUUCUUUAUGCUAAGCUUUACCUUGUUUUCUGAUGUUGAGUGUUUACACAUAAAUUACCAAAGGCAUUACACAGUUUUUCAUUUAUUUCUUUUUAUUCUUCGUCUUUUGCACCUUUGAUUGUAAACAAGAUAUAUACUGUUAGAGGGGAAAUGUGUUACUAAACAGGGUUUUUUUGGGGAA